AUGACCAAAAUAGAGUGUAAUGUUACCGAUAAAAUGUUGCUACGUCUGAAGGCGGUGAAACGGGACGUUACUGAAGCGACAGUUCGCGCGCAGCUACUAAGAAAAUUUUACAAUUGCAAUUUGCAUAUUGAACUGCUGCGCAAGUACAACUACUAUCAGCUCUUUUUUAUCAAUAAAACCAAUCACACGUGUCCUUAUGAUGGCGAGUUCAUAGUCGAUCGCUUCAGGCCAUUGCAUACAAACUUGAUGCUACCGCUUCCCACCGGUGAUUACCUCAUUAAAUUUCUCUUUUACAACUCAAACGCUAUGGCAUUCCAGUUAUUUGUGUGGUUUGGCUUCAAGGAAUUAGAAAAAUUGGAAAAUCGCACUAAAGUGGAAUGUUUUCAAAAGUCGCUACAUUAAUAAUUUCUGUUUUGUUACUUUUACCGGUAAUGUUUUAAAAAAAUAAUCUCUACAUCAGGAAAGCUUGAUGGGAAUUUAUUAUUAUAUUACUUAUUUCUUUUUUUUGAAAAACCUGUCAUAUUCUACAGCGCAUUUCUCCUUAUUAUCCAUUUUUUGCUGUGUUGUUGUGUUUAUGGUUAUAAUUCGACUAUCGAAACACACUCGACACAAAGGUCGAAGGUCGAAGAAAACGUAUACGUAUGCGUUUAACCGCAAAACAUCAAAGCCAUUGACCAGCACCACCAUCACCUUGGUCCAGCGGCAAGCUGUCAAGCCAACAGCGUAUUCACCAAACCGUAAACAUAACCGCCAACCCAUGCAACCGCAAACUAAGUUGAGCUCACAGAGAAACCAGCAAAAAAAUCCCCACAUCACACUAGCGCAAAAGGGUAAGCAUCCUUCCUGAAUGCUCACACACACAUACGUUUGAGGUGUAUAACCCAAUCGAUUGCUCAGGCGACCAUACAGGCUUGCGCAUAUUCUGCAGCUUAAUCCUUUUCAUAUUCGCUACUGAGUUUAUUUGGUCACCAAUCAAUAAAAAGUAUAAAUUGAAUUUUUGAGCCACUUCUCUGCUCAGGGUUCUGAACAAAACUGUAAGUUUAUUAUUUCAUGUUAUGAGAGUUGAGUGUUUGUUCUA